UCCAUUUUGAAAACAUUGAUUCUUUUGGAAUUUGAGGCUCAUGAAAUUUUUUUUAUUGUUCUUCUCAGGUAUUUCCCCAAAGAAUCACCAUGACCGUUUGCAAUGCGUCCCUGGGUCACCCACCUUUCUUCAUUCUCCAAGGCAUUCCUGGGAUGGAGGACAAGCACAGAUGGAUCUCUGUCCCCUUCUCUUCCAUGUACUUCAUCACCAUCCUUGGGAACUGCACCAUCAUCUUCACCAUCUGCACCGAGCGCUCCCUGCACAAACCCAUGUUCCUGCUCCUCUGCAUGUUGGCCCUCACAGACCUGGGCAUGUCCACUACCACCAUUCCUAAGGUGCUGUGCAUCUUCUGGUUUGGCCAGAGUGAGAUCAGCUAUGUGGGCUGCCUGGUCCAAAUGUUCUUCAUCCACUCCAUAUCAGCGUUGCAGUCAGCCAUCCUGAUGACCAUGGCCUUUGACCGCUAUGUAGCCAUCUGUGAACCUCUGCGUUAUGCCACCAUCCUUUCCAAUAGUCGCAUUGGGCUCAUUGGCCUGGUGAGUUUAGUGAGAGCCAUCCUUUUCAUUCUGCCCAUGCCUGUCCUCCUCCAGAAGAUGCCCUUUCGUGUAAAUCACGUCAUCCCCACCACCUACUGUGAGCACAUGGCUGUGGUGAAGAUGGUGUGUGUGGACACCACAGUCAACAGGAUAUAUGGUCUCGUGGUGGCCUUGUUGGUUGCUGGGCUGGACAUCUCAGCUAUUGCUUCAUCGUAUGUGCUUAUCAUCCGGGCUGUACUGCGACUAUCUUCUAAGGAAGCCCACCAUAAAGCAGUCAACACCUGCACCACACACAUUUGUGUCAUGCUUAUCUCAUACACUCCCUCGCUGUUCUCUUUUCUCACUCACCGCUUUGGUAGGGGAAUUGCACCCCAUGUACACACCAUUCUUGGGAACCUCUACUUCCUUGUUCCUCCAAUGCUCAAUCCUAUUAUUUAUGCAGUGAAAACCAAGGAGUUUCGGGACAAAUUGACCAAAUACGGGUGCUGGAAGAAGGUCCCUGUAACCAUAACCCAUGGUCAGAAGCCUGUCUGAUCAUCCAGCAGUAGUGGGUAUGAGGAAAAAAUGUUUAGUGGAGGCAGUUCCUGGGAGUAUUGACUGGUGAUGAGAUAUGUCGUAUUGGGCAGAUUGACUGUCCCACUCUUGGACAGAGAGGGUAUGUCACAGGAGACCUCCUUGCUCUCAGUAACUCUAAAGGUCUAAAGGAAGAAUCGUUGCCUAUGAAGUUAGAAUAAUGACAUAUUCUCUCCUUUCUUGACAUGCCAGUUGGGAAACUUAUAUUGAUCAUGUUUUUAAAAGUACUUUCAACCAAACACACAGAGUGCAUAGAAAAUAAGUUAGGAUGUUUCCAUAUGGAGACAACAUUGAGCAAAAAUAACUGGCCCACCACUUUACCAUGUAAGAGCAAGAAUUAUGUGGGUGUGAGCAUGCAUUUGUAUUUGUUUGCUUCAGGGGAAACGGGGGGGUGGAGAUUGGGGGCAAUGAGAGAGGACAAGGAAGAGUAAAUUAAUAUUUACAGUCACUGCUUUAUUUUCUCUGCUAGUUCACCUUACGUUUGGGUAAGAGACUGGUUAUUUCCAUGAAGAACAAAGGAAUAUGCACAGGAGACCUGAGCUGCCAGUCUCAGACAGCUCUCAGAGGAAAAGGAAAAAGGAGAAGCUCCUGACCGUAAAGGUUUACAAGCAUUGGACCUAAUUUCCUACUUGUAGAAACUCCCAGAGUCAACUGUUCUGCUCCUCUGAAUGAAUUCACUGUUUGACAAGAAUCUCUCACAAAGAAAAUGUCUGAGAAUGCCCUGCUAAUAGUUAUAGCUACAAAAAUCGAUUUUGUACUGGAAACCUUUGAAUGCAGACCUCUGUAAGGCAAUUUCUAUGGGUGCCCAGGAGGACGUCCUGAACAGGUACUCAUGGCAGCUGUGGAGUUCAGGUCUUGUGCCCACGUGUGGGAAUUCAUUAAUUCAGAGGAUACCGUUUCUCGUUCUAGAAGGUUAUUGUAGAUAUAAUGGUGAAUAUUGUAAAUUUCAUGAAGCUGAAACCAGAAAGAUUCUAGUGUUGUUCAUCAUAUUGUAUAACUAAUAUAUGAGGCAGAAUUCAGUAAAAAUGAUGCCUAUGGUUAAAGCCACAUCACCACCACUUAAGUGAGUCUCUUACAAUAGUUUACUAGGAGGGAAAGAAAUGAACCUUCUCCAGAGUGUUGUGCCUGCGGUAAGAAAUAAUAACAAAUGUUUCCAGUAUGCUGAACCGUUGGAUACCAAGGGCUAGGACAUUUCAGAACUUGAAAUAAAGGGCACAGGCUUGAGGCAGAAAAAAAAUGAGGAUUGAACAGGAAGUGCCUUUUCUAUGAAUGGAGCAGUAGGUUUGAGGAAGAGUCCUGCCCGUCUGGUUAGAGGACCAAGGUCAGAUAGUUAAUCCUCCACAAAACAUAGACAAAAUUCAAACCAAAACUAAAUGACUCAGCACAAUGUCUUAUGAUUAGUAUUCUAACUGACAAAUAAGUACAGAGAGUGAACAAGUCCGAGGGGCCCGUUAGCCUGAGGAGCUGUGGUAGUAGGAGGCUUCGUUUUUGCUGGGUUCGGAGAUUGAUUUUCUUCAAUCUGAUUUGAAUGGAUGUGAGGUAUAGAAAGGUGUCUACAUGAUGUAAUAUUUUUCCUUUUGUGUUUUGGUGAAAUGUUCUGUAAACAUGAAAAGACUUUUU